AUGCGAGAUCCCCAGGGACGCCUGGACAGCACACGGGGGCUGCUGUGCGGCCUGGGUGCCGGUGUGGCUGAAGCCGUGGUGGUCGUGUGCCCUAUGGAGACCAUCAAGUGCUCCAUGAAGACCAUCGAGGUGAAGUUCAUCCACGACCAGACCUCCCCAAACCCUAAGUACAGAGGAUUCUUCCAUGGGGUCAGGGAGAUUAUUCGGGAACAAGGGCUGAAGGGGACCUACCAGGGCCUCACAGCCACCGUGCUGAAGCAGGGGUCUAACCAGGCCAUCCGCUUCUUCGUCAUGACCUCCCUGCGCAACUGGUACAGAGGGGACAACCCCAACAAGCCCAUGAACCCACUGAUCACCGGAGUGUUUGGAGCUGUUGCUGGCGCAGCCAGUGUCUUCGGGAACACUCCUCUGGAUGUGAUCAAGACCCGGAUGCAGGGCCUGGAGGCACACAAAUACCGGAACACAUGGGACUGUGGCUUGCAGAUCCUGAGGAAUGAGGGGCUCAAGGCAUUCUACAAGGGCACCAUCCCCCGCCUGGGCCGGGUCUGCCUGGAUGUGGCCAUCGUGUUUGUCAUCUAUGAUGAAGUGGUGAAGCUUCUCAACAAAGUGUGGAAGACAGACUGAAUCCCUUAGGGGGUCUGCAUGGGGGUUGCCCCCAGGCACCUCCAGACCACUCCCCACUGCCCUCAUCUCACGAUUCCAGUGCAGUCGUCUCACGAUUCCAGUGCAGUCGUGCCAAAAGGCCCCUUUUCCCUAUUCCUUGCACUCCGUGGCCUGGGUCUGUACCCUGUAGCCAUUGAGUCCACAUGUCCCUUAGUGCCGUGUGUCCCCUGUGGUGUGUAUGACACCACCAUUGAGUCCCAUGUGUCUGGCCAAGGCUGGGUGACCCUCUGGCCUGUGAAUCUGUGCCCACUUGUCCGUGUGCUUACUCAUGAGCCGUGUGCCUGUGUUUCAUGUUCUGUGUCAUGUGACCCUGUGCCCCGCUUCCCCGGGGUGCCCAUGUGGCUUGGGUCCACGGCCCUGUAGCCAUGGCCCGGUCCCAGCCCGGUGCCUUCCACCCUGGGCAGCAGGGGCACCUGUCCCGGCCUACCACAGCUGCCUCCGGGCCUCAGCCUGGCCUCGCCGCAUUCCAGGGGCUAUGUGCCCCCUGCUUCUCCCGCCACUGGCCUUAACUGGCCCUUGGGCCCUCCCUCUGCCCGGGACAGGGUGGCACUCGCCACUCUCAGGACCACCCUCCCAAGGCCGAAUAAACCGGAUCCUGUUG